AUGGCGGCUUCCGCCUCUUUCGGCGACGCGAAUGCUGGAUUUCAGGCUGGGUAUAUCAACGGCUCAGUCAACAACCCCACGUUUCAUCACCAUGCUGCUCCAGAGCCAUCCGAGACUCCAUCGAUUCCUACCAUCAUCAUUCCGUUCCCUCGAGACCGAGACUUUGUCCGACGAGAUACUAUCUGCGACCAAGUAAUCCGUGCAAGCGCCGAUCCGGGCUCGUGGGUGGCGCUCAUUGCAAUAGAACAUGCAUAUCAACUCCGAGACAAGUCACCUGCGACAUGGGUAUUCUGGGUGCAUGCUAGCAACAAAGCACGCUACGAACAGAGCUUCCGAGAACUGGCAGAACAAGUCAAGUUGCCGGGACGGCAGAACGCCCAAGAAAACAUUUUCCAGCUUGUCAGUAGCUGGCUGCGCAGCGAUAAGAGUGGCAAGUGGUUGAUCAUUCUCGAUAACCUUGAUGACGUAAGCUUCCUGCUGGAAGUCCAGACUGGGCGACAGGAUGCCCAAGGCAGUACGAGCUCUGGCCCCGAAGACAACAGGCCACUCUUGUCGUAUCUUCCUCGCUGCCAGAGAGGGUCGGUUCUUGUUACGACCCGCAGACAAGACAUUGCGCUGAGGCUCGUCGAGCCGCAUUCUAUUGUUGCUGUCGGAUCGAUGAAUCAGGAUGAUGCAGUGACGCUGAUAGAGAAGAAGCUGGGAGCGCUAGAAGAUGACGAGGAUGUCGAGACCGCCGGCGCGCUUGCUCAGGCACUCGAAUAUAUACCCCUCGCCAUUGUGCAGGCGACAUCCUACAUUGCUCAUCAAGGGUUGCGCUACUCGAUGCAAAAAUACCUCAAAAAGCUGAAACGGAGCGACGGCCAGAAGACAAGCCUUCUUGAUGUCGAAGGCGGGCAUCUGCGGCGGGACUGGGAGGCAAAGAAUUCAAUUAUUCUCACGUGGCAGAUUUCUUUUGACUAUAUCCGCAAAUCUAGGCCGUCAGCGGCUGAUCUGCUCUCGUUCAUGAGCUGGUGCGAUCGGCAGGGCAUUCCUGAGGAUCUGUUGCAAGAGAUGAUUCGCACCAGAAAUGCUUCACAGGACGAUGACAAACACCCAGGCGGCGAUCUGUACAACCAUGACGACUCUGAGAGACAUGGGAACGAUGAACCCGCGAAUAACGACACUGACGAUGACUCUCAAUCGGACUCCAGCGUGAGCGACGGUUUGGAGGAAGAUAUUCUGAUGCUGCGGGACUAUUCGUUCAUUCAGCUUGUUGGAGAUGGAACGUCGUUUGAAAUGCACGCUCUAGUGCAGCUCUCGAUGCGCAAGUGGCUCGAAGCCAAGGGCCAACAAGAGAGAUGGAAGCAGACAUUCAUCAAAUGCCUUUCCUCGCAGAUUCCGACGGGGGAUUACGAGAACUGGAAAAAAUGUCAGAUCUAUCUACCGCAUGCUAAGGCAGCAGCAGGGCAACGGCCGAAGGACAAAGAAUCACUUCUAGAUUGGGCUACAAUAAUGUACAGAGCAGGCUGGUACCUGAUGGAGAUGGGCUUGGGCCAGGAGGCGCAGAGGAUGGCAGAGGAUUCGAUGAAAGUACGAACCCAUUUACUUGAAUGGGAAGAUGAAAAAAGAUCAUGGGCGAUGAGUUUGGUUAGUGAUGUAUAUAGCUUUCUUGGUCGAUGGGAAGAGGCGGAGAAGUUGAAGGUGGAAGUAUUGGAAAUUCGUAAAACGACACUAGGACCGGAUCAUCCAGACACACUUACCAGCAUGGCCAACCUAGCGGCGACAUUUUGGGAACAAGGCCGAUACAAAGAGGCGGAGAAGUUGGAGGUGGAAGUGAUAGAAUUUUGCAAAGUGACACUAGGACCGGAUCAUCCAGACACACUAAGAAGCAUGAAUAAUCUUGCCUAUACUUGGCACAGCCUCGGCCACCAAAUGAAGGCAAUAGUACUUAUGCGCCAAUGUUUGGAAUCAAGGACACUCAAGUUGGGAAGAAGUCAUCCUCUUACUCAUAACUCGGCGCAAUUACUGGCAGAUUGGGCAACUGAUCUUGGGUAA